UAAGAAAAAAAGAACAGGGAAAUCUUGAAAUCGUGUUGGUUUGGGGAACAUUCGAAUUGAUUGAUCUUCCAAUCCAACACAUACGAUCUCUAUCUCGGAGAUUCAAAUCCUUGUUUGGAAGCUUCUGAAGAUUCAUCGAUUCAGAAGGACAAGAAUCUAUAAAUUUUUGCACUUAUUCUCUUUGGCCUCAAGGUGAUGGCUUCUAAGGAAGAUAUUGACGUGUCAAGUUUGAAGUCUCAACUAAGCGAAAGGCAGGCGAUUUCGAAACACGAUGCAGAAGAAAAUAACUCUCAAGUGGAGGCGUUACAAUCAAAUCUGAUGGAGGUAAAUGCAUGUGUACAAGGGUCUGAAGAGGGGGAGGACACAAGAAAGGAGUUGGAGGUUCUCUGGCGGAUAAUUAAAACUACAGGAACAAUGUUGACUUACUUAAAAACAAAGGCUAGAAUGAUGGCUAUUCCCCGUUUAGCCCACACGUCUUGUGGAAUCAAACAAUUAGAUGGUGUGGGGCUUGUUGACAAAAAUGGAGUGCCACAAUCUAACUGGUCAGGUGUUGUUGAUCUCUCUUUCUUUGAUAAUCUAGAUGAUGAUGCAUGGAUUAGAAUUAGUAGUCAACACGGGUCUAUUGAUAAACAUGGAACUUUUAUUGGUGAAGUUCUAAAAAUUGUAGAAAUGGUCACUGGUGUAAUGGAAAUGCUAGUAAAAAGGAUCAUUAUGGCAGAAUCUGAAACUUUCAUUGAGAAAGAGAAGGUAACACUAGGACAGGAAGAGAUCAGAAAGAAAGUGAUGCAAAUUGAUGACAUGUCUGUGAAACUAGAGGAAAUGGAAAAAUUUGCGCUGGGCACAAAUUGUAUAUUAAAUGACAUGAAACAGAAAGUUGAAGACCUGAUUAAUGAAACCUCUACACAGAGGCAGAGAGCAGCAGACAAUGAACAAGAGCUUUGUCGAGUGAAACAAGAUUUUGAAUCCUUGAAAUCCUAUGUUAGCACUCUUAUCAAUGUGCGAGAAACACUUGUAUCAUCUGAGAAGCAAUUCCAAACAAUAGAGAAGCUCUUUGAGAGGUUAGUUGUCAAGACCGCUCAAUUAGAAAAUGAAAAAAAGCAGAAAGAAGUGGAAGUUCAGAAAUUGAUGGAAGAGAAUGUUAGGUUGAGUGCAUUGCUCGACAAGAAAGAGGCCCAACUUCUAGCCAUGAAUGAACAGUGCAAGGUGAUGGCGUUGAACUCAUCAGGCAUCUGAUUUGUUACGACCCAAUUGUUUGUGUUCUUCUCGUCUUGCACAAAUAUUACUGAUCGAUCGUAUCUUCAAAUUUGAACCUUUUUUUUAUAGGAAGCUCUAAAAUUGUAUUUAUAAGUGUGAAGAUUACUUGCAGGCUUCUUCUUCUUUGUAUCAUAUUCUGAAAGGCAACUUUGUCCAAAUUCGAAAGAAAUAUUCUACUUCUAUAUUUCAUUUGA